AUGAUGGAAGGUGAACUAUCAGCUCCUCUGCAAAAAGCAGAUAAAGAUGAAGAAUAUCAACGAGAAAUUCUCGGAACACGCAUUGAAACUGACGCUAUACAUGUUGGCCAAGAACCUGAACGAUGGCCAGGUCAAGCUGUUGUUCCACCCAUAUCAAUGGCAACAACAUUUAAACAAUUAGAACCAGGCAAACCUGCUCUUUAUGAAUAUAGUCGAUGUGGAAAUCCUACACGACAAUGCUUAGAAGAAUGUUUAGCUUCUCUUGAGAAAGCAAAAUAUGCAUUAACAUUUUCAUCAGGUCUUGGUGCAACAACAACCUUUAUGUUUUUACUUAAAUCAGGCGAUCAUAUUGUAUCCAUUGAUGAUGUUUAUGGUGGAACAGGAAGAUUAUUUAGACGUUGCAUGGCUCCUAUGGGUAUUGAAAGUUCAUUUGUUGAUAUGUCAACAGAUCCUUCAUCCAUUGUUAAACAUCUUAAACCAACAACACGUCUUGUUUGGAUUGAAUCACCAACUAAUCCAUUAUUAAAAUUAGCCGAUAUUAAACUUAUAUCGACUCUUGUUCAUGAAUUUGAUCCAACAAUAAUGGUAGUCGUUGAUAAUACAUUUGCAUCAUCAUUUUUUCAACGGCCCCUAGAACUUGGUGCUGAUUUCGUUUUGCAUUCAUUGACUAAAUAUAUGAAUGGUCAUUCAGAUGUUGUUAUGGGUUGUUUAAUGAUGAAUAAUGAAGAAUACUAUAAACAACUUAGUUUUCUUCAAUAUGCUAUUGGUGCUGUACCAUCUCCAUUCGAUUGCUAUCUUGUUAAUCGUGGUCUUAAAACAUUAGCUGUACGAAUGAAACAACAUAUGGCAUCUGCUUUGACUAUUGCUCAAUAUUUUGAAAAAAGUAAAUAUAUUGAACGUGUUAUUUAUCCAGGGUUAGAGUCUCAUCCACAAUAUGCCUUAUAUAAAGAACAAAUGUCUGGCUUCAGUGGCAUGAUAUCGAUGUAUCUUAAAGGUGAUGAAGUUGAAAAAAGUCGACGAUUUUUAAAACAUCUUAAAUUAUUUACAACAGCUGAAUCGCUUGGAGGUUAUGAAUCAUUGGUUGAACUGCCUGCUGUAAUGACACACGCCAGUGUACCAGAAGAACAUCGCCGUCAAUUAGGUAUAACUGAUGGUCUUAUUCGAAUGUCAGUUGGGCUUGAAAAUGUACAAGAUUUACUUGAAGAUAUUGAAGAUGCACUUCAAUAUGCAUUUUCUGAAACAGAUGGCAAAUGA